UAGGAGAGAGAGGCUGGUCAGGAGAGGAUGCAAGAACUAUUCGAAGAGAAUGCACAACUCGCACUGCUCAGUAAAUCAACCUCUCAUCAAAACUCUACCACAGAUUCCGAUCAACUUGAGGAUACUGAAACUGGUUCGGGUGAUAACAGCCUUUCAGAGCAGUUGACGAGCAAUGCACAGGCGCGUGCCUCCGUUUGGAGUUGGAACCGUCGCUUGGCGUCGACCGUCGAGAGUCUCCAGAGGCCGCGCUCCACCAGACCAAUCAGCAUAUACUCGACCUCGAAAAGGACAAGAAGAAACUGUCUCUACAGAUUCGCAGUGACGAGAGACAACCUGCUAAGAGAGAAACAGAGAAUGGAGAGGCGAAUGGAGGAGCUGGAGGUGAAAGCUGUUUCUUUGGACAAAUUGUCAACAGAGAUCGAAGUGGUCAUGAAAGAGAAGUCUGAACUUGCCAACAAUUGGAAAAAGCCAACCUGCAGAUUUCAAGAUUACAGCAAUUGGAGCAUGAGUCGAGGGAACUGGAGAGUCGAUCAGCUGUUGAUAAGGCGGCGAUCACCGCGCUGCAAAGAUUCUGUCGAGUCCGGAAGUGCUGAAGGCGGUGAAGUCGCGCCUGGCCCUGGAGGAGGAGUCAAGCAACGACAGCGACAUGACGACCAAUGCCCACCUGCAGGUAGAGUUGGCAACUCUGCAGUCGCAGGUCGCCUCGCUCAACUCGCAGCACACCGCCCUGCAGCUUGCCACUCACAACUUGUCGCCGAAAAGGAAGAGAUUCUGAACGAGCACGCUAAACAGACAAAAGACCACCAACAGCUGUUGGUCGAUCAGCUGACACUGCAGAAGCUGCACGAACAGCUGACGGGCGAGUACGAGACGCUGGUGAAGGAGCGCGAACAGCUGAAGGCGCAGCAGCGCGACGUGCGCGGCGAACAGCGAACAUUGCGCGAACAGUGCGACCUGGUGCGCGCGCACACACCAAGCUGCUCGCCCAGGUCGACGCGCUCAACGCCGAGUCGCGAAACACUCAACAACCUCCGAGCCGAACACUCCAAGCUGAAGGAAGACUUCAGAAACCUGUUUGCGGCAUCGGAUAAAAUCAAAACAGAUUACAGAAGUGUGCAGGAGGAGUACAGAGCACUGAAACUGGAGUGUGGCAGACACAAGCUGGAGAACACUGAGCUGCAGGGUGAACUGGUGCAGCGCAAUGAUGUGCUCACCACUCAGCAGGUGCAGAUAUCAAAAAUCACCAGUCAAAAUGAG